GCUCCAGUAUGUAACUAGCUGAAAAGAGGCGCGCUGUUUCGCGCAGAGUAGCACUAGUAGCAAAACUUUUACAAUAAAACUUCAACCAUGCCGCCAAGUCGCAAGAGCUCUACGGCGAGCCUCUCGCCGGCAAAGCCCACGAACCCCUUCAUGAACAUGGACAAUGUGAUCACGAAGAUUAAAAACUGCCGCACCAAGACGGGCGACUUCAAUCUGCCCGGUCGGAUCCAGGUUCUGAAGGACAUCGCUUCCCUCUACUACGGCGAGCCGGACUACGGGAACCAGAAGAAGAAAAAGCCCCUCGCCACGAAAAAACAGAAACAGGUGGACGAGUCGACAACGGACAACAGUCUUUACACCCAGCUCAACGACUUCGCCACCUGGGAUGCCAGCAGCCGCGUCCAGUACACGAAUUGGAUGCUGGAGGUGCAGAGCAAAGUGCAGUUUCGGCUGCGGCCGGGGGGCUGGGACGUGGGGGUGGAAAUGAUGAAAAGCACCCGGCGGGAGACCGCGACGCCGGUCUUGUGCUUCCUGCUCAAAUUCUUGUUGGACUUCGAUCUCCUCUUCGACGAGAUGCCGCACCACGAGAGACUUACCGCGGACAAGUGGGACCUCGUGCGGAACUACCUUUUCGGCGACACCCGACGGCUGGCGAAGAAAAUCCAGGCGUACAAAUUUCCAACGGCGGACAACUGGCGGCUGAUAAAACGCGCGCUGUUUCCGCAGGAGGAACUGGUAGAACAGGUCGAGGAGGAGAAGGAAGAGGAGGCGGGGGAGGACGGCGAAACGAAUGUGCGGAAGUUCAAGCUGAAGAGCGUCGUGCGCCUCGCGACGAUGCUGGGCGGGCUGAAGAAGACCGAGUCGGCGGAAGGCGGGGCGGAGGAAAAGCCAGAAGGCGCGGCGGACAACUCGGAGGAGCGCCCGGGAUCAGGGUCCUCUGCGGAAAAGAAGGAUUCCAGCCAGCAAGAAGAAAACUCAAGUCAGCUGCAGUCGGGACAGGAUGUACAGAUCGUGGUGCUGCAAAUCCAAUGUUGCCUCGACGCUUGAAAAUUUUUUGUGUUUCCGAUGAUUUCGCACAUGAAAAUAAGCUAUUCGAACGGAACGCAAUUUUUCCAUGAUCCACAUCCACCAGGCGUCGGAAGCGAGUUCCCGGCCGGGUUCGCAACUCCGGAGCACAAGUUCGACGGAUUUCGGAGACCUGGUGCCCCAAUACCCGAGUCUGGAGGAUUUCGACCCGGAUAUGAACAAGAAGCAAUUGACCGAGGUGGAGAACGCGCUGGACCUGAUCGCCCCCAGCUGGAACUUGCCCAACGUCGAGGACAGAGUUCCGCUGUGCGUCUUCAACAAAAAACCGGUCGUCGUGGAAAAAGAUGAAAAUGAGGAGGAGGACCAGGGGUCGGACCGCAAGAAAACCCCCUCCACCGCGUCCUCCGGGGCGCGCGGGAAGAGGGCCUCGCCCAAAAAAUCCUUUUCCCGCGCGAACACCAAGUUCCAGCUCGAGCAAGGCUCCUCCGCGGACGAAAACGGAGACAAAAAAGACGAAACCGGUGAGAACAACCGCCCGAUCUCGACCGCGAGCACCGCGCAAAAGUCCUCAUCCAGCUCCAAACCGGGAUCUUCUGCAGUAGCCUUCGAGGUGGAAGUUAUUCCCGAGGGGAAGAAGCAGAACCCGGAUGUGCUGAACCUCCUGCAGGAGUUUGAGGAGCGGGAAAAGAAGAAGCGCGACGAGGAGAUCCAGAAACAGAAAGACCUAAAGCACAUGAGCCGGUCCCAAACCUUUGGCGCGGCUGCGAUGGCCAGUGACUCGCAGACGGAAGCGGACCGGGAGAGCGUGCGGGAGUCGGUCGCUUCGGACGCGGCGGGGGCCCCACCUCUGGAAAAGAAACACACUCUGGAUGAUCUGACGCCCGAGCAGGCCCAGGCGCACAUGGAACUCAUCGACAGCAUCGAGGAAGCGGGGCUGGAUCCAUACAGUGUGACGCCGCACGGAGCCCACACAAACGUGCUGGAAGCGGUGGAACGUUUCAAGGAAAGGGAUUACGAGUUCAGGUAUCAGAUGGAUGAAAUAUGGCCUCACUUACGUUCACGAAGUAGAUGCUGGACGAUUGGGACGUAUUUUCUGUGUCACACUGUAUGUUUCUGGUCCUUUCAAAAUGAUUUCUAUCGUAUCAAAAUCGUAAAAAUAGCAUGUCUGCGGUCGGUGGGGAGCUCGGGUUUGCCAUCCGGGUCCUCCUGAUGGAACGCACCGAUUUGCUCAUUCUCCAUCGCAUGCACUUGAUUUCCAUGCUGCAAACCUUCCUGACGGACAAGCAGGAGCUGGAUGAGCUCCUUGGAAACAUCCCCAAGUCCGCAAAGCGGGAGGGCGACUGCAAUCUGAAUUGUUUCGAGCUCGACGCGCAGAUUGACGUGUUGGAAGACUUGAUCCAAAAGAGGGACGUGCCGAACUACGAAAACCUGUGGGCGGACGAACUCUUGAGCUACAAAACGCCGGAAGCCAUGCGCGAGUCCUACGAGCUGCGAUUGUUGAAGGAGUUUUGCUUCUGCGCGGUCUUGUGCCGGAAAAGCCUCGAACCGGGGUACGGCAAGGGCGACUACAAGCGGAUCGUCACGUUUGCGCAGAAUUGGCUGCGCCGGGAGCGGGUGCGGAAGAAGGAGGAAAGUCUUUCACCCGGCACACGGAGGACGAGCAAGCCUAAGUUCAAGUAG